AUGACGCUGGCUGAAGAGUUCCGUUCGCGCAAUUUUAGUAUGUUCCCAUUCAUUGGGCUGCUGCUUGAUACUUCCUGCGACAGACCUGAGACACCCUGCACCGAGCAUCCGCGUAGCAUAUACAGGGAUGGGUCUAACCAGCUUUCUAGGACCGGUGUAUUGUGCAUUAUUCUCUGCCUUGCCCUUGGAAUCGCCAACAUCUUCUCCUUCAAUGCCGUCCUGAUUAUCUUCAGUUGUCUUUGCAUUGCUUCGGCAUUCGUUGUUCUCUUCAUUGAGGUUCCCUUCCUGCUUCGAAUCUGCCCUACCUCCCCCAAAUUCGAUUCCUUCAUCCGCCGUUUCACCACCAACUGGAUGCGCGCUGGCAUCUAUGUCGCUCUCAGUGCUAUUCAGUGGGUCAGCCUUGUCAGCAGAGCCUCCAGUCUGAUCGCUGCUGCUGUGUUCCUUCUCAUCGCAGCAGUAUUCUACGCCCUCGCUGCUGUCACGAAGCAGGAAUUCGUUGGCAGCAAGACAUUGGGUGGCCAGGGAGUUGCGCAGAUGAUUGUGUAA